UGGCGGGCUCCGCGGUGAUCCAUUCUCUCGGCGCUCGACUAGUCGGCGCUGCUGCUGCUGCCGCCGCUGAAGGAGGGGCAAAGCUCAAGAUGGCGGACAAAACGCCAGGCGGGUCGCAGAAGGCCAGUUCAAAGACAAGAUCAUCAGAUGUUCAUUCAUCUGGAUCUUCAGAUGCACAUAUGGAUGCCUCCGGACCCUCAGAUAGUGAUAUGCCAAGUCGGACACGACCUAAGAGCCCAAGGAAACAUAAUUAUAGGAAUGAAAGUGCCCGUGAAAGCCUUUGUGAUUCUCCUCACCAGAAUAUCUCAAGACCUCUUCUAGAAAACAAACUUAAAGCAUUCAGUAUUGGAAAAAUGAGUACAGCUAAGCGAACUUUAAGUAAGAAGGAACAAGAAGAAUUGAAGAAAAAGGAGGAUGAAAAGGCUGCUGCUGAGAUUUAUGAGGAAUUUCUUGCUGCUUUUGAAGGAAGUGAUGGUAAUAAAGUGAAGACAUUUGUGCGUGGAGGUGUUGUUAAUGCAGCUAAAGAAGAACAUGAAACAGAUGAGAAAAGAGGCAAAAUCUAUAAGCCAUCUUCAAGAUUUGCAGAUCAAAAAAACCCUCCGAAUCAGUCAUCCAGUGAAAGACCACCAUCUCUUCUGGUGAUAGAAACCAAAAAACCUCCACUGAAGAAAGGGGAGAAAGAAAAGAAAAAAAGCAAUUUGGAACUCUUCAAAGAAGAAUUGAAACAAAUUCAAGAAGAGCGUGAUGAGAGACAUAAGACAAAAGGCAGGUUAAGUCGAUUUGAGCCUCCUCAGUCAGAUUCUGAUGGUCAGCGGCGUUCCAUGGAUGCGCCUUCAAGAAGAAAUAGAUCAUCUGUUCUUGAUGAUUAUGCACCUGGAUCACAUGAUGUGGGAGAUCCAAGCACUACUAAUUUAUACCUUGGAAACAUUAAUCCACAGAUGAAUGAAGAAAUGCUGUGCCAAGAAUUUGGAAGAUUUGGACCAUUAGCCAGUGUGAAAAUCAUGUGGCCUAGAACUGACGAGGAAAGAGCAAGAGAGAGAAAUUGUGGCUUUGUGGCCUUUAUGAAUAGAAGAGAUGCUGAAAGAGCUUUAAAAAAUUUAAAUGGGAAGAUGAUUAUGUCUUUUGAAAUGAAGUUAGGUUGGGGUAAAGCUGUGCCUAUUCCUCCACAUCCAAUAUACAUUCCGCCUUCUAUGAUGGAACAUACGCUCCCCCCACCUCCAUCAGGACUGCCUUUUAAUGCGCAGCCUAGAGAGCGAUUAAAAAACCCCAAUGCUCCCAUGUUACCGCCACCGAAAAACAAGGAGGAUUUUGAGAAGACUCUGUCGCAAGCCAUAGUCAAAGUGGUUAUCCCAACAGAAAGGAAUUUGCUCGCCCUGAUACAUCGAAUGAUAGAGUUUGUUGUACGUGAAGGGCCAAUGUUUGAAGCUAUGAUUAUGAACAGAGAAAUCAACAAUCCCAUGUUCAGAUUCUUAUUUGAAAACCAGACACCAGCCCAUGUUUACUAUAGGUGGAAGCUUUAUUCUAUUCUGCAGGGAGAUUCUCCAACUAAGUGGCGGACGGAAGAUUUUCGUAUGUUCAAAAAUGGAUCUUUUUGGAGGCCACCACCAUUAAAUCCAUACCUGCAUGGGAUGUCAGAAGAGCAAGAAACAGAAGCUUUUGUAGAGGAACCUAGUAAAAAGGGAGCACUUAAGGAAGAACAGAGGGACAAAUUAGAAGAAAUCUUGCGGGGGUUAACUCCAAGGAAAAAUGAUAUUGGAGAUGCAAUGGUUUUCUGUCUUAAUAACGCUGAAGCUGCUGAAGAAAUAGUGGAUUGCAUUACUGAGUCAUUGUCGAUCUUAAAGACACCCCUUCCCAAAAAGAUUGCCAGAUUAUAUUUGGUUUCUGAUGUUUUGUACAAUUCUUCAGCAAAAGUUGCCAAUGCUUCAUAUUAUAGAAAAUUUUUUGAAACAAAGUUAUGUCAGAUAUUUUCAGACCUCAAUGCUACCUAUCGUACUAUUCAAGGACAUUUACAGUCUGAAAACUUUAAGCAACGGGUAAUGACCUGCUUCAGAGCAUGGGAAGAUUGGGCAAUUUAUCCAGAACCAUUUUUGAUCAAACUACAAAAUAUUUUCUUAGGACUUGUAAAUAUUAUUGAAGAAAAGGAAACAGAGGAUGUACCAGAUGACCUUGAUGGGGCCCCUAUUGAGGAAGAGCUUGAUGGUGCACCUUUAGAAGAUGUGGAUGGAAUUCCUAUUGAUGCUACUCCCAUCGAUGAUCUUGAUGGAGUCCCUAUAAAGAGUUUUGAUGAUGAUCUUGAUGGAGUGCCUCUGGAUGCGACUGAAGAUUCAAAGAAGAAUGAGCCUAUAUUUAAAGUUGCCCCAUCAAAAUGGGAAGCUGUAGAUGAAUCUGAGUUGGAAGCACAGGCUGUUACAACUUCUAAAUGGGAGUUAUUUGACCAGCAUGAAGAAUCAGAAGAAGAAGAAAAUCAAAAUCAAGAAGAAGAAAGUGAAGAUGAAGAAGAUACUCAGAGUUCCAAAUCCGAAGAACAUCACGUGUACUCUAAUCCAAUCAAAGAAGAAAUGACUGAGUCCAAGUUCUCCAAGUACUCUGAAAUGAGUGAGGAAAAACGAGCCAAACUUCGUGAAAUUGAGCUCAAAGUUAUGAAGUUUCAAGAUGAAUUGGAAUCUGGAAAAAGACCUAAAAAACCAGGCCAGAGCUUUCAGGAGCAAGUAGAACACUACAGAGAUAAACUUCUUCAACGAGAGAAAGAGAAAGAAUUAGAAAGAGAACGAGAAAGAGAUAAGAAGGAUAAAGAAAAAUUGGAAUCUCGAUCCAAAGACAAGAAAGAAAAAGAUGAGUGUACUCCAACAAGGAAAGAAAGGAAAAGGCGACACAGUACGUCCCCUAGCCCAUCUCGCAGUAGCAGUGGUAGACGAGUGAAGUCCCCAUCACCAAAGUCGGAGCGAUCAGAGCGUUCAGAAAGAUCUCAUAAAGAGAGCUCCCGGUCCAGGUCAUCUCACAAAGAUUCUCCUAGAGAUGUUAGCAAAAAGGCCAAAAGAUCACCAUCUGGUUCAAGGACACCUAAAAGGUCUAGGCGAUCACGGUCUAGAUCCCCUAAAAAAUCAGGGAAGAAAUCCAGAUCCCAGUCCCGAUCUCCACACAGGUCUCAUAAAAAGUCAAAGAAAAACAAACACUGACAUACAUUUUUAAGAUGCUGUCACUUAUUGGAAAUGCGAUUUUGUUUUGUGCCUGAACGGUCUGUUUUAAAAAAAAAUCAAAUGAAAAGAGCAUUCCUGGGGUUUUUGUUUAUUUGUGAACGCAUGUGUAAACUCAUGAGUAACUGCAUCUGUAGACCUGUCAUUGUUUUAUAUUGUGUAAAUUACUUUCGUUGUGGCUGUUCUCAAGAUGAAAUUUUUAUUGUGGUAAUGAAUUUCAUCAGAAAUGUGUAUAAUGGAUCUGCUGGCAGUAGUAGUAUUUUGUUUUAGGAUGCUGUGACUUAGCAAAACUAAUACAGAUGUCUUCCCCUAUUUUGUAGCUUUGACAAUUUGAAUUAGAUUUCAAAUAAAAUCUGAAGAGAAAACCAUAUGUUGUUUUUUUGCCCCAUUGGUGACAUCAAGUCCUGUCCAGUCCUACUAAGUGAGUUUAGCACUUCUGUUGUGUUUCUAUACUGAACACACUUUACAAGCUCCAUUGUUCAAGCAGCUCAAGUUUUCUGUUUGCUAAGAUGACUAUAAAAGUUAGGGAACCUGAGACUCCUUUUUGGUAGGUUUACCAACCGAUUUCUUUGGUAAGGUUCUCUUGGGUAACACUAGUACCCAGAGAUCAAAAGACGAGGGGAAUGUGGCAUGGUCUAUUGUUAAUGGGAGGCCUGGCUAAAAUUCUUUUCCUUUUCUUCAAAGAAGCAAUAUGACUUAAAUACACUCAACCUAUGUCCUGAGCAACUACUUAUUAUUGGGGAACUAUUAAAUCUCCAUCUUCUGAUUUCAUUUGUCACGAAAGAAGUUUAUUGUAAAAGACUUUUUCUACCAAGAGUUGGCCAUAGAAUUAGUUGUCUGAUAGUUGCCUUUUACAACCCUCUGUAGGCUGUCUUCAAACCCUGGCAUGAGUAUAUUUCUACAAGGUUCUGUUUAAAGCACCUUUUUUGCUUUGUUUUUUGUUUUGUUUUUUAAAAAAGAGUUAGUUUUAGCUUUAAGUAAAAUUUAAAAAUAAAAUAGUUUUAAGGCAACUUAACAUUCAGUGGUUUGUGAAUUCAAGGUGCAGAAAAUUGAUUUAAACCAUUUGCAGCGUUGAACUCUGUUUUGCAGGUGGCAGAAACCUUGCUGCUGUCUGAGGAAGAAGUAAGAGACCUUGUAUGAUGUUGACCUCAGUAUUGCUAUAAAAAUAAUGGAAUAAAGGGCUGUGUUACUUGAAUUGACACUGUUCCUUUUGAAUCUGCCUCCGUUUCUCCUUUAGGCACUUUAUACUGGGGUUUGAUGGGGUUUCCCCCCUUAAAAGAGAGAGUAGAAAACUAUUCCCAAUAAUGGGUUGUUUUGAAUUAGCUUGCUUUUAAAAAAUAUCUUCUCAAGUUGUUUUACUUAAUCUUGCCUAGUCACAAAAUAAAAUAAGCUGACCCAUUUUGGGAGAGUUAGGUACCUUAGCUGAGCAGCGAGGGGGGGGCAUGCUGUUUCCUAACUGGGCAAACCUGUAAUCGCUUUAGAAAUGAGCCAAUCAGAUUGUGUUAUUUAGUGGUUCUUACCCACAUGCAAUAUUGCUUGGAAGCUAUUCUUUUAUUGUUCGCUCUUUUGUUUGUCCAUAUUCUUAGGAUAUGUUAAUUUCUAAAUGUUGCUCAGAAUAAACAUGAAUAUUUGGUGCUGGUUUUUAAAAACCUACAAAUAUAGCCAUUUUUAAAGUUAAGUGUUUUUCUUUGUUCAUUGCCUAAGUGAAUGGACUUUUAUAUAAUUACCUUUUUUUUUGCAAAAAUAAUAAUGUUGAGUUUCUACUGAUUUGGGCAUUCCAUCAUUCUCUGGUAUCUAGUAUAGACCUAGAAAUAGUCAGGUAAUGAUUUUGCCAGUCAAGUUACAAGGAAUGCUUAUUUCUCCGUCUUUUAAAAAAAUAUCCUGGAGAAGUAGGAGUGAGUAGAAAUUGUUAGGUCAGUUGUGGUUGCUUGUUUGUAGCAUUUUUUUUUUUUUUACUGCAGUAGGAUUUAGCCGUUCUUUUCAUGUGGAUCCAGAUUUGGUGAAUGUUGUUUAUAUCACAGUGGGUAAUGACUGGCUUCCUUUUGGGUGGAUGGGUGGGGCUUGCUUUGGCUCGAUGAAUAUGUAUUCUCUGAAGUUUGUCAAUGUGUGUAUUAGAUUGUAUUGGAGUUUUUUUUUUCUGGAAUUGGAAAUAAUAUUGUUAGAUAGGUUAUUUUCAGUUUUACUUAAUGAGAAAAUACCUAAAGUAAGCCUAUUGAAUUUUCCCUGGAUUCUAUGAAAGUUUAAUGGAUCAGAAAUUGGAGAAUAGUGAGGAGAUAUUGUACCAUAUUUUUAUAAUAGCAUAUUAUUCAUGUUUUCUAUCUAAAGAACACUCUUAAUUGGAUAGCAAAAUUUCUACAGGUUGACUACAGGAAAUGCCCGGUUCCGGCUUUGUAGUAGACAGUCUCCUUCCAUAGCUGUAUAUAAGAGGAAAUCCCAUUGUCUGCUCUUCCAAAGGGCACAGUGUAAGCCCUUUACUCUCUAACCUAACGUUUAUAAACAGGGAUUCCUUACCAGCUUGAUGUCGCCUAAUCUCCCUCUCUUCUACAGGUGAGAGAAAGUAAAUGGUAGUCUGUUUCUUACCAAAGAGAGACCUGUGAUGGAAAGAAUCAUGUUUGGGAAUUGUUUUUUGACAUGUAUUUACUUAUUGUUAGUAAGUGUAUGGGCAUCUCUGAACUGUAACGUGUUGAGAACUUAGAGAUUAAAGAACUAAACAAAAAGCCCUGACCCCAAAGAAUGCUCUUAUUUGUCUCAGAAUGUUUUUGGCUUUUAAUCUAAAAUUGGUGGAAGUUGUUAUACCCUGACCUAAUUUUUCUUUAUUGCAGACCAUUCCUGUGGGUUUACCCUAAGAUUUUUAUCCUAAUUAAAAGAUCUCAGAGGGAGGAAAUAUUUGUAUCCCCCCAAUACACAUUUUAGUAUUCUUGAGCACUUGAAAAUGUUUUUAAGAAAUUCAAUCAUGAUCUAAUUUAGGUUUAUUAGAAAUAUUCUGUACACAUUUGCCUUUGUGGUGGUGUAGGUUCUAAAAAAUUAUAUGGCCAUGGUAAUAGUUUAUCAUUUGAUUAUUCAAAAUGAGAGCAAAU